CAUAUCUGGCUUCUUUACCAUGCCAUUUGUUUAAUUCGAUUCCGGAGAAGAGGCGGGUUGCUGAGCAAUACCCAGUAUAGAAAUUGUAGCAUGCUGUCUCUCGUGAUUUCACCAUAUGUAAAUGAUUGAACUUUGCUAUUCCCUGGUUGUGAUUUCAAAUGUUUUGGAGUAAGGGAGGACGAUAAUGGAUGGGAAUUCUAGAGAGUCCAAGAAACUCAAGAGGAGCCAUGCAGUUGACAGGCUAAGCCGUCUUCCUGACAAUGUUAUCCAUCACAUUCUCUCAUUCCUCGACACCAAAUCCUUAGUCCGAACAAGCCUUCUGUCGAGGAAGUGGAGAUCGUUGUGGAAACAUGUUCCCGUCCUCAACUUUGUCCAGAGGUCCUUCCCUAACUUGUCGAGUUUCACAAAGCACGUACACAGGAUCUUGUCUACCCGCUACCGUAGUGUCCCUGUUAGCAGCAUUACCUUCAAUAUACGCGGGGAUAAGUGGGCAGGUGCUAUGAAAACAUUUGAGAAGAUCGUGAAACACGCUGGCUCUCAUGGUGGUGGUGGUGGUCUUCACCAUUUGUCCUUCAUUUAUAACGAAUUGAAGUUCAGCAUCAGAGACGUGACCAAUGUCAUCACUGCUUCUCAUCAUCAAGAAUCUCUCAAGACACUCAAGCUGGGGACAUUCACUUUCGAGAGGGAAUUUGAUUCGCACUUCAAAUUGCUUACAACUCUUGAACUGUCUGAUUGUCUCCUGAAGCCUUGUUCUACAGGAGAGCCCUUUGAUCCGUUUGGUAAUCUGCCUUGUCUAAACUACCUGAAGUUAGUCUGCUGUAGUGUAUCUGGUCAAGGCACUGGAAUUGGAUUGAUAAUAUCGGGACUUGAGUUGCUUGACCUUCAAAUUAAGCGUUCAAGCUUCGGCAUUUAUGAAGUGAUUGCUCCAAAGCUAAAAUCUUUAUAUCUACUUGGUGAUGACUAUGAUCCAUACGUUCCCAAAUUGAAUCUACCAGCUCUUGAUCAUGCGAAUAUCCGUCUUGUUUCGGACAUACCAUAUGGUUAUGCAGAACUGAAAGGGGAGUAUCGUAGAUAUAUGGAUUUUUUGGGUGCUCUUCGGAAUGUAGAGUGUCUCCUGCUACAUUUCGACGAGGCCAUAUAUGGUCUUGACGAAGAAGGCGACUUUCCUCUUAACAGAAUCAAGGCCUUAAUAAAGCCUGAGACCCCUCCUUUUACCAGGUUGAAGACCUUGAAGAUGCAAUUUGUGGGUCUAGAGAAACUGCCGAACAUACAUUAUGAAGUGAUUCGCUAUUUUUUUGAAGGCUCUCUUAGUACGGAAGAAAAGUUAUUUCAGCUUGAGCUGGUUACUGACAAGCAGUACUAAUGCUUCAAAUGGUAUCAAAACUAGUACUAGUCAUACUCUCAAGUUGAAUGCAUGGCAACCAUGAUCCCAGGAGGAGAGAAAUUGGAUGAUGAGAUAUGUUGCUGUUCAUCUGGUCAUCCCGAAAUGUUUAUUUUGCGACUUUCCUGUUGGCUGGAAAGAAUGCACAGAGUGGCUGACUAUGUCCUAGUUUGUGUUCACGUAGGCUGAUACUGUGUAGGUAAGGCAUUGACUUAGGAAUCUAGGGAUGUUUGAUGGUGGCAUGAUUAUUUUUUGCAUUUUGCUCAUUAACCAGACACAACCAUGCUGAAAUAGCAGCCACGUAAAGAACUUCUGCUACUUCUGUGUAGUUGCUUCUGCAUUAUUGACCCAGGAUGCAGAGGAAAUUAGAUGGUGCAGUGCUCUAAUGUGUAGACCAACUAUGCUGCUACUUCCUUUCUGAUUAUCAGUAAGGAACUCAUGUUAGCAUAUGAUUCAGCGGGAUCCUUUUGUUUUGUUUUAUAUUUUCCCUUCAAGCUGAGAAGUGCGGCUCUAUUCUUGUUAGCUUUGGAAAAUGGUUGGUUUAUUCUGGUGAUGUUGCUUGCAUUCUUAGCUGGUGAAAUUGGAACCCCAGAAGGUUGAACUGAAAUCUUAACCCAGACAUCAGAGCUAUCGAGGGAAACAGAGUCGUUUCCACAUACACUGAGUUAGUUGCGGUUAGUUGAGUUCGUUAGUCGGUUACACGAGUAAGGGUUGGUAAACUUGGUAGACUGGACAUUCUCAGUUAUGGAGUUUCGAGUUCCUCUUUCCAGCUUC